UUUACGAGCGGAGUUGUAGUUGCACAAAACAUGCACUCACAUUUUGGCUGAUUCAAUAUCAAAAUAUUGAAGACUGUCAAGUUUCUUAAUUGCUCAUCUUAAAAUUUGCGAUAAAACUUUUGCAAAUACUGCACCGAAAUGUUGGCGAAAGAUAUCGAAGUGAAAUUCAAUUCCUUUCUGGGAAACAAGGACCACGGUGGAGAACUGGUAAACCCGGCGAUAGGCGCUGUUAGUACGUUGAUGUCCAUUAUUGAGGGAUAUUCCGGCACCACGAUUAACGGACUCAUGGAAGAAUUGAGAGAAGCAGUAAAAAUUAUAGAGGCGAAAAUGCUUGCCGGCAAAUCAAAGUUGGCCGUGAGUUCUGCUUGCGCCCAGUUUAUCAGAUAUACAACUCUGUAUUUGGGUACGAUCGAGAGCGAGGACGUUUCUUCCGUGACCAAACUCAUGUUACAGGAAGGUGGAAAAUACCUGAAAAGAUGUGAAAGCGCUAUAAAUCGCAUUUCAAAAUUGGGCGUCACCUUUAUCUUUGAUGGAGCUCGAGUCAUGGUCCAUUCACAUUCUAGAGUUUUACUCGAAACGUUACAUUCUGUCCCAGAAAAUAUAUAUUUUACAAUCUACCUCGUUUCAAGUGAGGAAGAGGAUAAUAAAGGAAAAAUGCUCCAUGACCGUGUCAACAUUGAAUACGUGAGGAUAUCCGAUGCUGAAGUGGGGACGCGGAUGGAAAAUGUCGAUUUGGUUUUUGUUGGGGCGGAAGCCGUGGUUAAAAAUGGGGGAAUUAUCAAUAAGGUUGGUACACUCCCGAUGGCCAUUUGCGCCCGAGAAAUGAAGAAACCUUUGUACGUGUUUGCAGAAAGUUUUAAGUUCUCACUGGUUUACCCCCUGAAUCAAAACGAUAUCCCAAACGAGUAUCGGGUCGACCAAUCCAACGGGAUCCGAGUUGACUAUACUCCACCAAAAUAUCUAACACUUUUAAUAACCGAUCGAGGAAUACUGACCCCCGUUGCGGUUUGUGACGAAUUGAUAGAAAUGUAUACGUGAAUGAGUUGUGUAUAGGGGGGUUGUUGAAAUUAAUAAUAAUUUUAUUACUGGAUUAGAUCAUAAUGUAAUUCGCUAUAACGUUUCGUGGAGCAAUUCGAAUAAAUAUUUUCAGAAAAAUCA